GUGCAGAUUGUGUACAGCUCUGUAGCUUAUGAGCGACAGGGAGGUCCCACCACCGGACGACCGGAUCAUGCGAUCGGCUAGACGCCCAAUUGCCCACGUGGCAUUAGGGCCGGAGGGUGAUAGGUUACUGUUCCGCCAGCAAAGGGAGAGACAGCAGCAGCAGCGGAGAGCUAGGGCAGCAGAGGCUAGCGGGGCAUUCACAAGUGAAGCCGCAGCUUCAGCAGCCAUGGCAUCUGCUGCGCAGCAGAGUUCCCAGGCCAGCCGUUCAGAGACCGUAGGGUCAACGCUCGCGCAGACCCUGAGUCAGUCCACUGGCAUCAUGGCAAGCCAGCCAUUAGUGCUGAUGUCCGAUGAGAUCGUCAUACAGCAGGCAGCACCGCAAGAGGCACAGGCCACGCACGACCAUGCUGACGACAAUGCACAAGCCAGCCCCAAGAGGCCGGUUACCCCUCCUAUCCCAGUUCAGCAGGCCGAGGAACCGCUCCUAGCGUUCCUCAAACGUCUCCAGCUCUACUCGGAGACCACGGCAGCUGAACUGAGCAAGUGGGAAGAGGAUGAAGCCGCCCGCCAGCAGGAAAUACAACGCCAGCUGGCAGCGGCAAAGGCAGCACGUCAGCAGGCCGCAGCAGAUGCUGCAGCAGCCGCACGGUUGCAACAGCAGCAGGUCGAGGCAAGUCGACACCAAGCUCGUUACCAAGCUACGAUGGACCGUGCACGCAACGAAGCCACAUACAGCAGGCAACUUCGACGACAGCAUUUCCAAGAAACCGAAGAACGGGAAGAGCCGACCAAGGAAGAAAGUAACAAGGAAGGUACAGCAGUACUGAUGGAGAAUCUGCUGUACACGUGCAAUUGGCAGCCACGUGAACUGCUGGCCAUGCGGCAGGUCUUCAUCCGCCAUGAAACAACGUUUAAGGCAUUGGACAAGAAGAUCGUUACCCUGCAGGCCGAGAUCAGCACUCUACACGUCGCCAACAGCCAGCAGCAGACACUCAACGACCAGUUGCAGACCGAUGUCAGCAGGGGGUUGGCACAACUGUCGGCAUCUGCGUCAACGGGCAGUGCAGUGGUAGACUGCAGCCCAGCUUUGGCCGCGCAGGCCAAGCAACUCGAAGACAUCAGCAACCACGUGGUCGCAUCCCUCGACGACAUCAGCAAGUUUGUUGGAGCAUCGACAGUCAGCAAUCAGCUGCAGACGCUCAGCGACCGCGUUGAGCAACCACCGGUCGUUGCCGCCAAGGAAUGGAAGAUGGCGAACUUCAAGAUCGAGAAGUUUGAUGACUAUCACAAGACUGAUCCGCUGCAAUGGUGGAUGGCUUUCAACGCGGAGGCGGAUGUACAUCACACCCCCGCACAUCGGCGGCUUGACGCACUCUACCUCCAACUCAUUGGAGGGGCGCAGGCUUUCAUGACACACAUGGCCGUCACAUUGGAAUGCACCAUCGCCACCCUCCACACUAAGAUUACGUGGGAGGAAUUCGAGAAGAAAUGGAAGACCCGGUUCAUGGUUAACAAUGACAAACGGCACGCCUUGAACCAGAUCUUCCGCAUAUACCAAGGCCAGCAAACUUCACGAGAAUGGCUGACGGAGUGGCAAAGACUCAUGGCCACCCCGGAGUUGAACUUACCGUUCGACUCAAUCUGGGUCGAGUUCUUCACCCGGUCAUGUGACGCCUUGACAACAGCUUUGGGCACUGAAUUCCAGUAUGAGACCUUUGAUGACAUGAUAUCAAAGGCAAGGGAGUUCAUACAAGUCUCUCUCACGUCCGGGGACACCGCGGUAGUCGCAAGUUCUUGCAUUGAGUUUGAGAACUAUGUUGUCGAGCUGGUCCCACCGUUGAACCAGCCUCUCCACGUGCAAGAUUCAAGCGCAUGCGCGGUAGUUCCGUCGUCGGCCAACGAACCAGCUGCUUCGCCAACCCUUCUAUCGAAGGAUCCGUCAACUUGGGCGAGUCUUGAGGAACUCGACCCGUCGACGGUUGAGGACUUCCAAUGGUUGACUCUUCCCUCCAUCGGUUCUUUGCCAACACCGCAUUGCAAUGCCUUAAUGGCACAUUUGCGCGAAUACUUGCACGCUCCAGUACCACCUCCGUCGACGGACGGCGGAGUAGCGGUUGUUGACCUUCGUAACUACCUUGCAAAGAUCGACCGUGAGUACACAACGCACCGGUACGUCGACAUCGACAGGUCGCUCCUCUACAUCCGCAUUCAGAUCGGAAAGGCGACCUGUAGUGCCUUGAUCGAUUGUGGAGCGACUCGCAACUACAUCAGCCAAGACUUCAUGGCACGCGCCGGGCUUGGCCCCCACGUUCAAAGGGAAAGUCAGCCUACGCACGUCACGUUGGCCAAUGGUCACACGCAAAAGUCAAGCGACCGAUGCAUUGACUCGGUGCCCGUGUACUUUGCCCCGCUAGCAUGCGAGGCCGUGUCAUUCGACAUAUUGGACACUAAGUUCGAUAUGAUCCUAGCCAUGUCGUGGCUGCAAAGCGAAGACCAUCCGAUGAACUUCUAUCGACGCGCCGUUCACAUUCGUGAUCGGCGUGGCGAACUAGUCCCGUGUACGGUGCCGCUUCCUCAUCCUUCAAUUGGUUGUCACGUGGUCUCCGCGACGAGCAUUCGCCAAGCCAUCCGGCGGUACGACAUCGAGGAGAUGGCAUAUGUUUUCUUCGCGCCCUCCCACCCGGUGAUCAGCCCAAGACGGAUACGUCGGACCCACGCAUCAUUGAGUUGUUGGACAGGCGGCGCCAACUACUUCUCAAAGCUUGACCUCAAGUCCGGAUACCACCAGAUCCAGAUCCAGCCAAGAGAACGGUACAAAACAGCAUUCAAGACACGGUAUGGGCACUUUGAGUGGAUCGUCAUGCCUUUCGGUCUCACCAAUGCCCCGGCUACUUUCCAAGCGGCUAUGACAAUGGAAUUCCGCGACUUGCUCUACCGCACCGUGCUCACUUACCUUGAUGAUAUCUUGGUUUAUAGCUGGACGCUGGAUGAGCACCUUCGCGCCGUUUUGGAGCGGCUCCGUAUCGCCAAGUACAAGGCGAACCGCGACAAGUUGCACCCGACGAUUGGCGUGACUCCAUUCGAGUUGCAGUACGAUGGACGGAAAAGAUAUAUCUUCGCAGACAUUUUGCUUCCACGGGUUGCCGAUAUCGACGCCUCUUGCUCCCCCGCUUCUACACGAAUGUACAAGGAACUGCUGGCCAAAGCCCGCGCAUACAUGCAAAGGGCUCAGGUCCGUAUGCAGCAGCAAGCGAACCGGUGUUGCCUCCCAUGUCCAAUCCGCGCUGGCGAUCUGGUUUGGGUCACCUUCGAGGAAUUCACGCUCGAGCCGCACGUCUCGCGCAAGCUCCUCCCUAAGUGGUUUGGACCAUGGAAGGUCACUUCAGCAGCUGGCGACGACGCCGCAGGUCCAUCUUUCAUCAUUGAGAUUCCCCCGCAUUUGACGGUCCACCCGAUAUUUCACGCUUCAAAGCUGGCGGUCUACACUCCAACCUCCGCAGUGGACUUUCCAGGCAAACAGUCACAGGACCCUCCUUCAAUGAAUGGCCAUCAGGAGGUCGACCUCGUCCUCGCUCAUGGCAAGCACGGCAACAAGCCAAUGCAGUACAAAGCUACAUUCAAGCAAUGCGAUCCCGACGACACACGCUGGAUUUCACGAGCUGAUCUGAAGGCGACAGCACUCCUCAUCUCCGCGCAUUACGAAAAACAGCGACUUGCUAAGGAAGCUGCCCAACCUGCCCGCCUCGUUUUACUCACCUCCUACCUGAGAUGCUUUCCAAUGCCCCUCAGGAAUCAGUUGGCAGGUGAGGCCAACAUCAACAUGCACAACUUCCCGUCGUUUAGCAAGAAGGCCCUGGACCUGAAAGCAAAGAUAGGGCACGGUCAAACACCCACGACAGAUGGUAGGAAGAAGUCAUUGCCUCCCAACUGGAAGGCGAAGGGCCGAAUUAUGUUAGUCGACAACGACGGUUCUACCAUCGAGUUGGACGACGAGUUCCAGGCGGGAGUAGGUUCAGAGGCUGGCAGCAUAGAGGCUUCAGGAGGUGGGGGAGUCGCUGUCGUAGCUCAAAAAGGUAAGGUGACCGAUAGACGCCGAGGAGGUUCGCGGUCCAGGAAUCAAGUCGACCCCAACGCUCCUCCAUGGGAGAAAGCGGGUCUUAGUGAGGACGUGUGUAGAGACCAGUACACCCGGCAUGCUUGCAUUCGUUGUGGCCAAUAUGACCAUAACGAAUUCAAGUGUCGUAACAAAAAGGUGACCGAGAAGAUGCCACCUAUGAUGGGGCAGGCGUUGGGAUCCUCCUCUUCCGUUGGCAGCAAUGUGCCAAGUAGUUCUGGCACCGCUUCGGGAAACACGUCGAGUCAGCAGGAAUAGUAGUUCCUGCUAGGGUCGAGGUGGUGGACACACCCUCACCAUCUCGAGAGAUGGCCCAAGAUACUGACUCCAUCGUCGUCUCGCAAACACAUUCAGAUCCAUCGAGCCUCUGUUCAAUGAAUGUGUUCGAGUCCU